CAUUAGCGCCCCCCGCGGUGCGAAGCGGGGGCGCCCGGGCAUCCUCCGGCACGGCGGCGGCUCCAUCUCUAUCCCCAUCCCGGCACCUCGGAGCGGCUUCUUCCAGCGCCAGCCCUGCGCGCUCCGCCGCUCCCCUCUGCGCCGCCCGGGCAGCGUCAUGAAGCCGGCGGUGUUGGAAGUAAUGAGGAUGAACCGGGUGUGCAGGAUGGUCUUGGUCACUUCCGUGGGUUCCUUCAUCCUCGUCAUCUUCUAUUUCCAAAGUAUGUUGCACCCAGUAAUGCGUAGAAAUCCAUUUGGGAUGGACAUUUGCUGCCGGAAAGGAUCCAGGAGCCCACUCCAGGAACUGUAUAAUCCUACCCAGUUGUCCAACACAGCAAUUCUUCAUCAGAUUAGACGAGACCAAGUGACAGAUACAUGCCGAGCAAACAGUGUAUCUAGCAGGAAGCGCCGUGUGCUGACGCCCAACGAUCUCAAACACUUGGUCGUGGACGAAGAUCAUGAAAUGAUCUAUUGCUAUGUUCCGAAAGUGGCCUGUACAAACUGGAAGAGAGUCAUGAUGGUUUUGACAGGAAGAGGCAAGUACAGCGAUCCGAUGGAAAUCCCAGCCAACGAAGCCCACGUGUCUUCAAACCUGAAGACCCUCAACCAGUACAGCAUCCCAGAGAUCAACCACCGCUUGAAAAACUACAUGAAGUUCCUCUUUGUUCGUGAGCCUUUUGAAAGACUGGUGUCAGCAUAUAGGAACAAGUUCACACAAAAGUACAACACUUCCUUCCACAAGCGAUACGGCACCAAAAUCGUGAGGCGCCAGAGGAAAAAUGCAACCCAGGAAGCUCUGCGUAAAGGUGAUGAUGUGAAAUUUGAAGAGUUUGUGGCAUAUCUCAUCGACCCGCAUACCCAAAGAGAAGAGCCCUUCAAUGAGCACUGGCAAACUGUGUACUCCCUCUGCCACCCUUGUCACAUUCACUACGACCUCAUAGGAAAAUACGAAACACUCGAAGAGGAUUCAAACUACAUCCUCCAGCUGGCGGGAGUAGGCAACUACCUGAAGUUCCCCACCUAUGCAAAGUCUACGAGAACUACUGAUGAAAUGACCACAGAGUUCUUCCAGAAUAUCAGCUCUGAGCACCAAACGCAGCUGUAUGAAGUCUACAAACUAGAUUUUUUAAUGUUCAAUUACUCAGUGCCAAGCUACCUGAAAAUGGAAUGAGGGAUGGGUCAGGGGAGAGAAAGCCUGUUUUAUUUAAGAUUUUUAUUUGUCAUAAUAAAUAUGGAGAAUGAGUUAUUUUGUAAAUUAAUAUUUUCUUUUUUUUGAAUGAUGCUGCGAGCAGCACAGUCAAAAUUAUUUAAAUCAACUGUAAGAAAGGACAGCUCUCUUUGCAGGGUAACAGGAUUGUGAUGAUCUAGUUGUAGAAAUGAAUAAUACUGCAACACUUUAAAAAAUGUUAAUUGUGGUCUGGUGAAUUUCAUUGAUCUUGCAUUCCUCCAAUUCUAAUUAAUGUUAUUUAUACUUAUUUAAAACAUAGUCUCUUGGUAGGUGUCACUUCAGCAGCAGGGAUAAGAUAACAUUUGGACAAAAGGCAUUUGGUUUUGUGCUUUCCUCAGUUGAGCUUAUCUCUGGGUAAUAAUAUCCUUCCAUUAGCUGUUGAUGCAGGUAAAUACGGGAGUGGCUCCUGACACCGCACGCUUUGAGAAGAAUGGUGAAAAUAAUUUCUUCAGAAGGUUAUAUUGCACUUAAGGGUACUAAAAAAAAAAAAAUGUCUUUCUAGCCCUGAAAAGGGAAGGUAAAACAGAUUUAGAUGGAUUCAUGAUAUCUCAAACCCAUGACUGAAAGAAAUGUGAAUGUAUUCCUUGGGAAGAGAAACCAUGAACUUUUUAUCUGGACUUAGUGAUUUUAUCAAGAAUAUGACCAGUCUUGUCUCUUAAUUCAAAGCCUGCCAGCCCAAAUGAAUGCAGAUUGGGUGAUCCAUCAGAAAAAAAUCAGCAUUUUGAAAGAGAUUUUUGAAAGCCCAAAGCAGUUGACAUUCACUUAGAUAAUAUCCAGGAUGGGAGUGGGGGGAGCUCAAUCGUCUGUUAAUCAUGCUUCCCUAACUGAUCUUAAGACGGGCAAACAAAAUUGGCUCAGAAAACACUGGUCAUGAUACGUUGCUGUAAAGGAUGUGGGCAUGUUAUUUGAAAAGUCGGAAAGUCAUCUUCAUGUUGAUCUCUGAGCAUGCAAGGCAAUAAAAAGAAGAUCUAAUCUUCUUACAUGCUGGUUUCAUGGCUUUUUCCUAAGGUGAAGGGGAAGUCAUCUUUUUUUAUUGAUGCCCAAAUACCAUUGAAAGGGAUGUUUCUAGUUUCCAGUGGGUUGGUUAUUUCAUCUAAGUGUGCUCUUCUAUGAGAUCAUGACCUUUUUAUUUUAGAUGAACAUCACAGUAGCAGUUGUUUUGUAUAUAACAGCUUGUUGGGACGGUAGAUUGUACCAGGCAUGGCAAACAAAGCAAUAGUUUUGGGCAAGCAAGUAGUAAUCUAAUCACAGCAAAUAAAUAACAAAAAAUGAGAUUUCAGUGCGGAUCUCUUAGCAAGCUCAGUGUGCAAAACUACAGGCUUCUCCAAAUGUUUGCUUUAAUUUGAUGCAGGUAAGGUCUAUCGCCAAGCAGACGGCAGGCGCCUGCCUGGGGGACGGUCUGGAGCCAACCCAUCCUGGGCCAGCAGUGCCAGCAGCCAGCUGAUGGGCAGAAGGAGGCAGAGGUUUAAGUCAAGACACUUGUGGGAACCUAAAAUCUAUUUUAAAGUUAAUUGAUAUUUAAAAUAGGAUUUUGGCUUGCCUGCGUGUCAAGCUUAUGAUCAAAUCAAACACUCCCAAAAUUAGCAAAUAUUUAAAUAAACUCAGAUAAAGGCAGAGCUCUUUCGACAAUAUUGGAGCCAGAUCCUGAAAACAUCAUAUUGUACAGUAGCCAAAUUACAUCCACUGAAUUAUAUUAGUCUCCAGGAUACAUAUGUAGUUAAAGAAGAAAAAUAGGUUCCAUCUUAUUUUAUAAAAAUAAGUCACUGAAUAGAUCUCAGUGAAGAACAAAUUAACAUAACAAACAGCAGCUGAAGUGCUUUCACAAUUGGGUUUGUUCUUAGCCUGGAUUUGGGUCAGUAUUUUUUUUUUAUCAUGCCCUACAAAUAAAUCUCUCGUCCAUUCUGGAACAGCCACAGUUUUCAUAACCCAGGUCCUGUUUAUAAGGCAGAGCGCUGACCCAGUGGCUAGUGAAGAGCUCCCUGCACCUGACGGCUCUGAAUUCCUGAGUGGUUGCUGAUUGCUGACUGGUGUUUCACUUGAAAGCAGUUUUGUCUCAUUGAGAGUAUGCGAAGCUGUUGCAAGUGCCUAUCACGGUGUGCCCUAGCCUUCUUCUGUUUGUAGUUCAAUGGUUAUAUGUUUGUUAAAAAAAAAAAAAAAAGAAACUGUCUGAGGGUAAGAUUUCCCCUCUCCCCCUCCAGUAUUUCCCACAAGUUAUUUGUGUGGUUGUUUGGUCUUGUAUCCAAUAGUGCUCAUAUUUUGGUCCAAUUUUCUCUUCAGUUAAUUCCACCAACAGAUUGUGAUGUGAUUUUUUUUCAUUUAAGCAAAAAGUUGCUUCUGAAAGUAAAUAUUUAUAAAAUGGGAUGUACUUUCCUUUCUUUUUGUACUUCUUGUCAUCACCGUAUUUUUAUCUGUUCUGAAAUCCUCUCUUUAGUUUCACUGCUUUGGAGACAAAAAAAAACCCUAUUUGACAGCUAUGACAGAAAAGCUUUAGGUGAAGAACAUGUUCAGGAGAUCUGAGGGGUGAGCACUGCUGGAGGUAGGAUUUUUAGCCGCAGCUUUGGGUUUGAUUACCCAGAUUCUGCCUCCCUGUAGAGGGCUGCCCUACAGGCAGAUGCUCAGCACUGAGAUGUCUUUUAUGUGGUCUUAAGUGGGUACUUAAAAGGCACUUGCUUUUUAAAAAUCUUGAUCCCAGACUACCACAAACUGUCCAUUUCGCUGAUGUGUCUAUUUUGGGGUGCUGUGAAUGGGCUGUAGAUUUGUGUUUAAAAUGAACCGCUGACAUGCUGGAUAUGAUCAUAUCCUGCAUAGUGAGCACAAAGCCCUCACCAGGUCAGAGGAGGACCACAAAUGUUAAGGAAUAGCCCUUUUUCUUUUUACUUUAUUGGGUGUGUUGUUUAGACUGAGCCACAAAAAUAUCUUUUCACUGCACCCACACAGGAUGGCAUUCAGGGUGGUUCCUCCUUAUCUCCGAGAUCUGGCAGCCACCAACUGCAGUGACAGGACAGCCAGGGACCUGGGUUGGUUUUACCCCUACCUCUUCACUGGGUUUCCCAGCUGGAGGAACAGAGGGGCUGGUCUGCUCCAGAGCCCCAUCUCGUUCUUAGGUUCAUUUCUGCUGCGGCCACAGCUGGUCCUGGGAGACAAAUGAACAAAAUGACAGCCACAGCUAAAUGCAAAAUACAGAAGUGUCAUUGAGGCUUUGAGAGCCACCCAGGGAGCUGCUGUUUUAGAAGGUUGUACAUUAGUUAUGGUCAAGCAGUGGUGAAAGCGGAGAGGAUGGUUCCAUUCCCCACCCCUGUCCCCAGUCCUUUCAAAGCUCCUGGGCUCAAGAAGUGGUGGUCCCCAUCUCUGAUCAGCCAGUGCCUCCCUGUCAUUUGGCAGGGCCAGCGCUGAGUCCAGCAGUGCCUGUGGCUCUUCAUCCAGCAUGAUACCCACAGCUGGACGUUCAUUCCCCACAGACGGCCCCAAGCACCUUAAUCUGGAACCCAGGCUAGAUUGGGCUCAUCUAAACAUGGUGGUGACUUCUGGGCAGUGGGAGGCCCCUCCAAACCUGACUUGGUCCAUGCUUCAGCCUCUUUGUAAACCAUGUUCAUUAUGACAUAAAUUUGCAAACUGCCUGAACAAUGCGCUGCAUAAGACAAGUAAAAUAAUCCACAAGCGGAAGUGCUUUUAGAAGUAAAUUGACCCCAGGUGUUUUAGGGUUUCACUGUAGUCUGCUGCACUUUUCAGGUACAAAAAGGGACUGUCCUUACUAUUACUCUUGUUACAGAGAGUGUUAUUUUCUUACAUGCAUGCACAAUACAAUGUGUACGAAUAAUUUAACAUCGAUGUGGGGUUGGAUUUUUUUUUUUAAACCUAUUUGUAUGCAGUAGAAGGCUUGUUGUAGAAAAGUAUCUCCUCAUACCUAAAUUUACUGUUAAUAAAGAAAAAAGCUAAAUUAUACAUUGCCAACACAAGUGUGAACUGCUCAUGAAUCUUUCCUUAAAAGAAGCCAUUCAAGCCUGAUUAUUUUUC